GCCUAAUACUAAUUACGAUUAAGUAAUUUUAUAUAAUGUAUAUUUAGUUAGUAUGUUAUGGAGUAUGCAUUUCCAAAUUGCUAUGGACGAACGAAUAAAAGGGGAGAAAGAAAAUUAAUAUAACAUUUUCGUUCCUUCAAAGCAAUUUGACAUACUAUGUGGAAAGAAGAUUUUACAAGUCCGAUCACCUUGUAAAACAUCUUUUCUGUGGUGUAAUGGCACCACACGCGAUGUGGUAACAUCUUCUAUGGCAACACUUUUGUUGCCCAAAAUAAUAAAAUUACAUCGCGUGUGUUGUCAACACUGGCGAGCUUACGAUCCACAUUCGUUUCUAGAAGGUGUAUCGUAGGCUGGCUUCAAGAAAGCAUUUCACUCGAUUCUCGCCUUUCAACCUGACCGGUCAAUAAAAUUUUAUAAAGUUUUAAUUAAUUAACUUUUUGUAUAAAUUUUUAAAACAAGUAUUUUUAUUUCUACAAGCGAAAGUAGUAUUCGCGUGUGUACUCUUUUUAUUAUCAAUAUAAACCUUUCUUUAUUGUGGAUACUCGGAGUUUGUAACUCCAUAUGUAGCACUGCUACACAUACACGUAUAGCAGCGGAGCCCCAACUGGAACCGGAGCUGUAACCCGGCGUUUUAAAGGAGUUUCAUCAGUACGAUCGAAGACAUCAUGGCAGCGCGGAAGGCGUGCCCCCUGGCUCCAACGGCAGAGACAGACAACUGCCUACAAUGCCGGCUCUGCCACCGUUACCACGCAUUGCGGACGUGCCCGGCCUUCAAGGCGAUGAAGCCGCCGCAACGGUUGGGAGUAGCCCGCGCGCAAGGCUACUGCGUCAACUGCCUUGCGCUCACCCACACUACCGGGGAAUGCGACUCGCCGGGUAGUUGCAAGACCUGCGGGCUAGCGCACCACACGCUGCUGCAUGUGGCAGCCAACACGCAUGCGCGCACGGGGCCAAGGGAACAGGGGCCCAAGAAGAGGAAACCGGCCACAAAGGCCCCAAGGAGCGUCAAGCGGCGCGCACCGCCGAAGAAAAAGGCGCUGAAGAAGGCGCAGAAGAACCCGCGCAACCAUGCGCCGCAACCGCCGCGCAAGAAGACCGCCCAACGGACGAUCGCGCGCACGCCCCAAGGCCUACAAACGGCCAAUUUCCAGGGCCGCACCACCCACCGCGUCCUGGGCAACACCAUCCGCGCCCUGAAAGAGCUGCAGGAGACGCUCAGCAACGCAUUCCUGCAGGGCGGGGAUGAUGUCUAAGCCGCCGCUUAAGCCGAGUUCAGCGGCCGUGCGCGCGCACUUUGGCGGCAGUGGAGUCGACGCGACUCCGAAAAUAAUUACCGAGCGCGCACAAACCAGUUCAGCUACUCAAGUCGGACAACGCGCACGCGCCCCCUUAAUAUCAGCAAUUUUAAAACAUCUUUUUAACUGUGUCAUCCAAAAUAUACUUUGAAUAUAUGAGCAAACUAUUAAGCAAAAUACAUAAAAAUUGAAAACCAACGUAUUUCCUUAAAGCGGAAAGAAACUGUGUGUGUGCAAGGUGAGUGCGAAAG